AUGAAAACACUCUGUCAGAGACUAGCGCAUCCAUUCCGGCGUCCUACCCACUAUUAUACGAUUGCAGCGCCUCCUCUUACGCCUGAACAGCUUCAGAGGCAACAGGAGAAGGAGAAGCAAAGAACACUGGACAAGAUCGAAAAUGAUCUGGACGAUGGGCGGGUAGGACCAAGAGCUAGCAAUUCUACAGACAGUCUUCCUGUGAUCAUUGACAGAGGUCCAUACAGGGGGUGUUUAUAUCCAAAAGAUCAACUGUAUUUCAACAGUGUCAUGCUAGCAGCGGAUUCCGAGCCAAGAUAUAUUGGCCCACCCGAUGGAGAGCUGAGGCAAGAGAUUCACAGGACCCCAACUCAGCGUCCAAAUGGCAGCGAUGAUAAAGGUCCCUCUACACAACCCGUGCCUAGCGAAUGGAUGGCCGCUUUGAGGAAUGCAAAGGGCCCGAAAGAAUGCAAGGGGCAAAAUAGCAUCAAUCUCCCACCAGCGCGUGAUAAGCCCUCAAGUAACAUGCAAUCGCCCCCGAGGCCGCCAUCGCCGCCUCGAGGACCGAUCACACCCGGCACACAGGAUUGGGACAGAUUCAUGGACUUCCCUUUAGAUAAUCCUUACCACAUAUAUCCUGAUGAUGACCGUAAGCAGUCUGAUGAGGAUCUCGCCGCUUCGAGCGCCCCGGUCUUAUCAGAAUCAACAGCUGUGACCGGAUCACAGGUCCCUUUACGAUUCCAUAACAUCUAUGUUCGUUCAGAACCUCAAUUGGGAUGUCCUGUACCGCCGAUCCCGACAAGCACCCCAAUAAAAUCGCUCGAUACCCCAUCGAUCCAAGCUGGACCGACGCAAUCACUGGCAUGGAAACCAGCAUUGAAGAGUAUUCUGUCCCAUGAGGGAGUCGACCCUGCGACAAGAGCUUCGGUUAGGGAAAGGGCGAAGCGUAGCUCCACCAUUGGAGGAUCAGAACACCAAGAGAUGACUCUUAUCCCUGCGGACGUCGGUCUUGUGCCAAAUUUCAGCUACCCAAUCGCUGCAAGUGCAUUUUAUGACCGCAUUGAUGCGGUACAGAUACCUCAUGCACGAUUGCCUCAGGAAAAAGAGCUGCGAUACGAAGAGCGGCUGCCAAAUGGUACUCGCUCUGAGCAUCAUAGUCAUGCAAGCUCAAAUGGCACACUCUAUCGUGACCCAUCGCCUUCAAACUGGCUUUUACGAGGAGGGCAGGGUAGAGGUCAUGUUGCAUUGACGAAUGGUGUUCCGCCAGGGUACUACCCACCGUCAAGCUCUAGUAGCUUCAGUGACACUGCCCCUGACCCUCGCCCGCGUUCUCCGUUUCCUCCCAAUCUAGUACCGGAACAGGUAUCUGCGUUGCUACGUUCCCUCCUCACAUCGCCAGAACUAGCGCUGCACUACCAGAUAGUCCAUGAGACAGCGCCCGUAAGUACCUCAUCUCAAUCUGAGUUCGAGACACACGCACGUCUUAUUAAGAAACUCACUACCACCAUCUAUGGGCUCCAAGACUGUAUCGCCGGACUAGAGGACAAUCUCGUACCGCAACUCAGCACAUAUCUCCAGCAAAAAGACCGCGAGAUCGAUGAUCUGGAUGUCGAAAUAUUGCGGCUCAGAAACGAAAUUACUGAGCUGGGGCGAACCGUGGACUUCAACACCAGGAUUCUGACCCAAUGCCGAAACCGCGAAUGGGAGGUCUGGCAUACAUUACUUGACAUUCAACAAAAGCGCGAAGAAAGGCGUAAUUCUCUCUCACGCGUCUUCUCCAGAGCAAGAUCGGGUACGGUGCAGCAUCCUGAGGUGGCUACCCCUAUUGCACCGCAACCCAGUGCAACUCAGACCGGGCCUGCCGGAAAUACGGACAAGGGUGUUCUCAAGAAAAAGGAUCUCGAUUCUCUCCUACUCAUGGCAAAGCAGAAUGUUGAAAUAAUUGACGAGGACAUGAAAGAAAUGGCGGAGAUGGUGCAAGCGUAUCUGACGAGGAAAAGGAAUGCUGAAAAAAAAGAGGAGGAGAAGGAGUAA